CUCUACGAGUUCCCCAUCCUACCCAGCGGCGCCGACUACCUCGGCGGAGCGCCCGGCGCGGACCGCGUCGUCUUCGCCGACAGCGUCAAGACCCCUGGCGCGUACGAGCAGUGCUUCCUCAUGACGCACACGGGCGCUACAGGGAAUCUGUUUGUCAAGUGCAAGACUACGUGA